AUGAUUAUAAAGGAAACAAAAGACGUCUACACAAAGAAAUCUAUAGCUGCAGGUGACAAACACAUCUGCCGACGGUGUGGUGGUGACACUUUAGGCGGUUUGGUCCCAUGCAUUUGUGAAUACCACGAUUCGGUAAAGUUUGAGUCAGGGGCGUGGUUUCUCAGACAAGUUCAACGCGCCCUCAGCCUGAUGCCCUGGUCUCUCAGCACUGAUAAACUGGAACAAAUUGACGAAGAAUGCGAAGGUACAAGCGACAACCGAGACCUCCGUCACGUCAGAGAGUUUCUGGAAGCUAUAUCUUCCAAGUUAGCUGGUGGUCCACUUGAAGGAAUCCGGGUUGCUCCUCUUUAUGAUCAUCCAGCAUAUGUUGAGAUGUUUGAGCGACACCACGCUGUGCUACGCGAAACGCUCGCUACACUUUCAACAACGCUGCGGGAGGCAAUCACACGUAAGCUACUUAUAACGCAGUGCACUGGAGGCUUCUGCGCACUAUGUAACCAGUUAAAUAGCAAGCAUUUUGUUAAUCACGCGUUGAUUGACUUGCACGAGAAUAGCAUGUUACACUUUUCUUGCUUACUUAUGGGACAUGCAAACCUGAUGCUAAGAAAUUACCACUGA